CGCGUCGCUGGGCAGUGCCAGCAGCAGUACGGAAAGAGUGAAGUAACGAUGGUUCUCAUCAAAGAAUACCGUGUAGUUUUACCCUGUAGUGUUGAGGAGUAUCAAGUCGGGCAGCUCUUCUCUGUAGCUGAAGCAAGUAAAAAUGAGACGGGUGGAGGUGAGGGCAUUGAGGUUCUCAAGAAUGAGCCUUAUGAAAAUAAUGGAGAGAAAGGACAGUAUACACACAAAAUUUAUCAUCUAAAAAGUAAAGUCCCGGGGUUUGUCAGGCUCCUGGCCCCUGAAGGCGCUUUGGUUUUCCAUGAAAAAGCUUGGAACGCCUACCCCUACUGCAAAACCAUUGUGACGAAUGAAUAUAUGAAAGACAGUUUCUUCAUUAAAAUUGAGACAUGGCACAAACCAGACCUGGGAACACAAGAAAACGUGCACAAACUAGACCUUUCCACGUGGCAGAACGUAGCAGUUGUUCCCAUUGAUAUUGCAGACGGAAGUCAAGUGUCCAAUGCUGACUACAAGCCAGAUGAAGAUCCAACCAAGUUCAAGUCCGUUAAAACUGGGAGAGGACCUCUUGGACCCAACUGGAAGCAAGAACUGGCAAGUAAACCUGAUUGCCCAAAGAUGUGUGCCUACAAAUUAGUCACAGUCAAGUUUAAGUGGUGGGGGCUGCAAACCAAAGUGGAGAACUUCAUUCAUGAGCAAGAGAAGAGGAUCUUCACCAACUUCCAUCGUCAGCUCUUCUGCUGGAUUGAUAGAUGGGUUGAUCUAACUAUGGAUGACAUCCGGCGGAUGGAAGCGGAAACUCAGAGAGAGCUAGAUGAGCUUCGCAAACAGGGUAACGUACGAGGAACCAGUGCUGCGGAAGAAAAAUGAAAAGAGACAUGAUUUUAAACAGCCACAAAUCAAUGGAGUCAGCUAACACUCCUUAAAUAUCACCUUUUUACCCAAACUGGUUCAGGCUGUGGAGGAAGGAGCCCAGAUACCUGCGAUCAAUAGAUCAGAUCUUUGACUUGACCCCAAUCAUAGACAUUCUGUCCAGUAAGGAAUUGAUUUCUAGAAACCAACACGAUCCUAGUUUGAAAGACUCUGGUUUAAUUUCAAUCUCCCGAGCAGAGAAAGCCCAGCUAUCAUCAUCAUGUAAGAGAAACGUAGACUUUGAGACUUGUGGGGGAAGUAUUUGCUCUAUGGAUGCAAAAUGUUCAACCUAAAUUCAUGUUAGACCAAACAUUUCCAUUUGUAUUUUAUUUAAACCUUUUUAUUUGAUUGCCUCUUAACACAUUCCUCCCAAGGCAAUGUCCUUUGUCUCCUGCAUGGUCUUAGCGGUAAACACUGUAGCUCAGUGGUUUGCAUUCCCUGACACGAAACUGUUAUACUCAUGUUCCUUCCUGCCGUAGCCCCUAUUAAGUGAUUACUAACACCCUUGGCACCUAGGCCCAUUAUAAUCCCCCCCAUCACCCCACCUUAACCAAAGUACUGCAUCUUAUUAUACUGACAAUCAUGUCUGUGCAGGUAUUGCUUCGGUUCAGACUUAAUAAAAAGCCACACACAUGCGUGACGCACACAUUACACACAUGAGGAUGUUGAGUUUGUUCUAAGGUAUGCAGACACACGCAGGUGUGGAUACCUUUGCGCUGACUGAUCUGUUACAAGCUCAAGCUGGGCAGAUCUUUGCAAGUACAGUUCUUUGUACGUCUAGAAGAUGUUAACAGCUCUCAGCAGUCCCCCACCCUAGUCAUCCUCACUGUUCUAGGCAUUCACACAUAACAUUCAACAUUGCAUUAACCUCCUUACCAGAUGUCCCUGGAGGACAAACUGCAAUGGAAAAAAAUGCCACAGAUGG